AUGCAUCCAGUUGAGCUUCGUUCCAGAAGACAACAGGCUUUCGAGGCGGCUGCUCUAGACGUAUCAAAUUCAGAAUUCGAUAUGUACGGAAUGCCGGCGUCGACACGAAGCUCUAGUGCCCUGGGCAAACGCGGAUCGGAAGCUUCGUCUUCAACAGGGCUCUUUAGUCGCCUGCGAGGUAAAAACACAAACAGCAGCAUACCUCCUGAUUUCGACGACGGCACCGGGGACUAUGGCCAUGAUGGGAGAUAUACUGAUCCUGGUAAUUUCCCUGACAUCUCUAUAAAGGAUCUCAGCUCCAUCCGCGACCGCCAUCGAUACCCUACCUUUGAAGAUAACGCUUCACGCGUUUCUUUGGACUCACAAAGCGAUAUGGGAAGCGUGCACCAUGCCCCCCAGGACUCUACGCCAAUCAUUCCUACUUUCGGCUCGACCCCUUCCGGAUCAAAGUCAAAGCAUCAAAAUAUGCAAUACCGGCAAAAACUCAUCGAAAGCCGUCGACAAUUAUUAUCAAAUGAACUCUACGGUGGCAUGCCGCCACCCGUAGCGAAUAAAGGAGGUUCUCGGACACAAACCAUGACCUCCACGCGCUCAAACGGCGAGUCAGGUUAUCCAAGAACAAUGUCGUUAGGUGGUGUACCUAAUGGUCCUCCAAUGGGCCACCCCAUGGGCCACCCCAUGGGCCAUCCUAAUGGGCAUCCAAUGGCCCCUCCGAUGGGCCCGCCGAUGGGAGGUCCCAUGGGACAACGUCGAGGCUCGCAGAUAUCACAUGGCCCCCAAUCUCAAUACGGGCCGCCACAAGGUUACGGUCCUCCCCAAGGCUUUCCUCCGCGAUCAAUGUCAAGGAUGAGCUCACAGAAUGAUAUGCAUAGCCCGUUAUCGCGCGAAGUGAUACCUGACUCUGGCCCUUUCCAACGCCAAGUUGAAACGCUAGAAGCUGCCAACAAACAGCUCGAGGACGAGGUGAAGCUGCUAACCGCACAGCUCUCGAGCUAUAGCCAACAGCAGCAGCCAUCAUCAGAACGUUUGCAGCAGCUCGAAGCCACCAACCAAGAACUCGAAGAAGAGCUCCAAGCGAUGUCCUCCCAGUUGGCUACCUACAGUCAACAACCUCGAGCUGCACCGCAGCAUGUAGAGAAUCUCGAAAGUGCAAACCGUGAUCUUGAAGGUCAAGUCCAGAUGCUCACAGCACAACUUGCUGGUUACGGUCAGCAGUCUCAAGAGAGUGUUUUGCAGCUGGAAAAAGCAAAUCGUGAGCUUGAAGAGAAAGUCAGAGCCCUCAACGCUGAGCUUGCAGGACACGAGCAGCCUGCUGGGUCCUCAUCAGGUCGUGUUCAACAGCUUGAAGAAAUCAACAGUCAACUGGAAGACGAAAUCAAAGUGUUGACUGUUGAGCUCGCUGAGUCGGCUCGGCGCGAACUUGGCCUCGAGCCCCAAUCAGAACAGGCUGUCACUGCACAGGAGCUAGCGAAAUUGCAGGAUUUGUUGCUCAUAGAACGGUCUCGCAACAAUUCCUCCUCGCGUAACCGCUAUUCCACCUCAGAGGCUUUCUCGCAGCUCGAACACAAGCACGAAGAGGCAACUCAGCUCUUGCAGGUACGCUCACAAGAGCUUGAACAGCUCCGCGAACGUAGUAAGCAGCUGCUCUCAGACCUCGAGAUCGCAGACGAGAAGAACAACCAGCUCACCGGCCAGGUACGAGAACUGCAGGUCUCUAAAGAACAAGUGGAGCGGUCGAGGGCAAUCUCCAAUGAAAUGGACGAGAUGACCGCCGAGAAUGACCGGCUGAGAGAACUGCUCAACAAGCAUGCUAGCUCUGGGUCUGAAGAACGGCUCCGGUUGGCUGAUCAACAACGUGAGGCGCUUCAAGAGGCUUUACGCUCACUCCGGGAACGCAAAGACCAGGAAAUCAAUGUCCUCAACACGCGAAUUGGGAAACUGGAGGAGCGUCUCGGCCGCUUGGCGCCUGCUUCGACCCGGUCGUUCUCGUUGGAAGAAUACCACGCAUCUGCCGACUCGUCCUCGAUAUCACUGCCCAUGCAGCGUCGCCAGCUGAGCAUCAGCACUAAAUUCGCUAAUGACAGCGGCGACUUUGAAGUGCCUCGAGUUCGUGGUGAUAAUAUUCGCCCGGCUUCUCCUCUGCAUAUAAAUUUUGGCAUUGGCGAGCCCUACGCACCCCCAGCCCGUGCAGUUUCACGUACAUCGACGGUGCCGCUGGCAUUGGGUGGGAGUAGCUAA